GUCAUAUUCUUGGAAUUAAUACUUUAUUAGUAACGUUGCCAUCUAAUUUACCUGCAUUGAAUGAAUUAAAGUCUAAUAAAACCAAUAUAGAUUCUUUAAAUACUACCGCUAUAUAUGAACAAGAAUUUAAAGAAUUCCUAGAAUCCACUUUGAGAAAACUAUAUAACAAGAGUAACCAACGGACCUUACUGACUCACCUUCUUGGUCUUGUUACUUCGGACUCUUUCAAAGAAGCACUGGAUUUGAACAGGAAACCAAACAACAUCGAAAGCAGUCAUACCAAAGCUAAAUUAUCUGGUAUAACUAAAAGGGUGGAAACAUUACAAA